AUGGGCGACAUGACCCCCAUCGCAAGGCCCUGCCCCUUCGUGCUGAUAGUCAGCCACUCCCUCUCCGGCCACCUCCACCCCAUGAUCCGCAUCAGCGCCGGCCUUUCCCACCGCAACUGGCCCGUCUCCUUCCUCGGCCCCACAGCCCACCGCUCCCGCAUUGAAAGCACAGGUGCUCAAUUCUUCCCCCUGACCGGCAAGGCAGACCUGGAUGAUAAGCGGUACUACGAGGACCCGCCCACAGCGGAGUACAAUUCCUUGCACUGGGUCGAGCGCGGGAAGAUUGACUUACGGAUUCAGUUGCUGGAAUCACUGCCGGAUCAAUGGGCGGAUUUUAAGAGGGUUUUGAGGACUUUGCAUGAGCGCGAUCCCGCGAGGCGGGUUUUGGUUAUUUCCGAGGCCUUUUUUAUGGGGGUGUUGCCGAUGAAGUAUGGGGCUUCGCUCGGGGAGGAUAUCGAAGUGCCGAAGACGAUAUGCAUCUCGGUCACGGUGCCGGUAUUGAGAAGUGUGGACUUGCCUCCCUUUGCGUGGCCGUUGCCUUUCGAUCAGUCACCCGCUGGUAGGGAGCGCAAUGCGAGGAUGUGGGAAAAGUGGACUGAGAGGGCGCGGCCGUUUACUGAAUUGCUAGACAGUCAACUAUUCGCGUGCAGUGCUUCUCGGGGAGUUGGUGAGCCAUUCCUCGCGGGUGCCAAUUAUCGAUGUCAUGAUGCGAUUCUGCAGUUGGGGGUCCCUGGUUUCGAAUACCCUCGCAGUGACUUUCCUGCAAACUUCAAGUUUGCUGGUCUUGUGCAGGGAGUGCCGAACAAGAGCACUACAACAACCGACCCGGACUUUGAGUGGUGGAGUGAGCUGAAGGCAAAUUCAGAGCUGGCUGUAGGCCACCCGAAACAAAAGAAGGUCGUCGUCGUUGCUCAGGGCACGGUCGAGAUCAACCCGAAUGAUCUCAUCAUACCGACCAUAAAAGCCUUGGCCGACAGAGAAGACGUUCUCGUCGUUGCAAUUCUGGGCUGGAAAGACGCCAAGUUGUCCGAUUUCGUCAAAGUCCCGAGCAAUGCGCGGAUAGCUGAUUACUUGUCUUACGACGCUGUGCUGGAGCACGCAGAUGUUUGGGCUCAUAAUGCGGGUUUCGGCGCAGUGAAUCACGGCAUUGCGCAUGGUGUUCCAAUGGUGGUUGCGGGAGAAGGCAUGGAUAAGACGGAGAAUUCUAGACGGGUCGCCUGGUCGGGGAUCGGGGUUGACUUGGGUUCAGCGAAGCCAUCCAUAGAUGAUGUCAGACGGGGGAUCGAGAGCGUGCUUCAGGACGAAAGGUACAGCUUGCGUGUUGAGGUUCUGAAGAAGCAGAGUCAAGAGAUUAACUGUUUCGACGUGGUGGAUGAAGAGUUAUUGAAAUUCAUAGAGCCAUAG